AUGAAUCGGCAGCAUCAUCAAAUGAAGCUUUACUAUUAAUAUUUGCCAUUUAAUUAUUUAUUUAAAAUGUUACUUAACCACUUGGGACUUAAAAAUCAUAUUAGAAAUCCCCAACAAAUUCGGGUACACUCAAACCACAUAUUUAAUUGGGAGUAAGGCCACUAAGAUUUAGUGUUUGGAUAGGAGAAGAACUUCCAGAUACUUGAAAAGUAAGAUCAUUUGGAUUUGCUGAGGAAUUAUAGUCAAUUAAUACCCAUUUAAAUGAAACUCUAACAAACUACUUUGAUAUCUGUACAUAUCCCAUUAACUAACUAGUAAUCAAUAGGGCAAUAUUGCUAACAUUAAGCUUCAUAAUUAGCUAUCUAAACAGGAAAAAAUCCGGCUUUGCAAGUUGUGCAUUAAGUACUUCCUUAUAAAACUGAUUAACAGUUAGGAAUCCAAACACAAGCUCCAUUAAUUUCAAAGUGUGAUUAAGUACAAGUAUUAACACAUUUUCCUUCUUAUAGAACAUAACCGCUUUAGUUAAUCAUACAACUUGAUCCAGAUAAGGAAGAACAAGUGGUAUCACAUUAUGUACAUUAGGUAGAUGAACCAGAACAAGAUAGACAAGAGUUAUCACAAGCCUCAAUAUUGUAUUAAAUUUCUUUUACUUUUAAGUAUGAAGAUCCACUGGCUGAACCAUUAUCCACAAUAGAAAAUUUAGUGUAAGCAUUAUUUGGUGGUAUGAUAGUUGUAAAAUAAUUGACUUUUUCAUAGACAAAAUAGUAAAUAAAAAUAAAAAAGUAUAAUUAUUACAAUUGUAAUAGUAGUCACUUUCCUUUAAAUAUGAAUUUUAUGUUCUAUCGCAAGGGAUAUUAAGUCUUUCAGUUGUAUAUUGAGCAGAAUAUUAAAAGGCAUAGGAAAAAGGUGUCAUGUCAUCCAAUUUAAACAAAAUCCCAACUUAAGCUUAUUUCAUUUGAAAAACUUCUAUUCUCACUUCUCUUCUGA